AUGGAACAACCUGUUGUUCAUGGCCGUUCAGCUUUCUCAAGGGUAUCAUUGGGUAUCAUACGCUUUAGUCCAAGAAUCAUCCUGUUGCUGCUAGUCCAAGAAUCAUCCUGUUCCUUGCCCUCUUCUCCUCAAGGUCCAAAAGAAGAGUUCAUGGACGUAUUGAAGAAGCUUGAAGCCGAGAUAACGGAAACCAAGACAGAGGUGAGGAAGUUGAAGGAGAGAGAGUCAGAGACAGAGGUGGCUUUGGCUACAUUGAACGCCGAGUUGCAUAAGAACAUGUCAAAGAUGGCUAAAGCCGAGGCUGAUGCUGCUGGGAAGAGCGCAGCAGCAAUGACCAAAUCUAUGAGCAUCAAGGAAACAAAAGAGAAGGAAAAUGGAGAGGACGAGAGGAGGAAAGAGCUGAUGAGGAAGAUGGCGAAGGAGUAUCCUACAUUGGCUCAGAUACUUGACAGUAACAGAGGAGACAGAACUGGGUAUCUUGUAAAGAAGAAAAAGAAGAAACCUAUUGUUCCUCUUUUGGGAGAUUUCUUCUUCCUCAAGAAGAAAGGUUCUUCUACUGAAAUCUCUGGACCUCUUUACACUACCUCUUCCACUCUGCGCUUUUAGCUGAAACACCCUAAAUCCAAAUAAAAUCAUGUACACUGCAAGUGUAUACUAUAUAUACGUAUGCAAUUCAAUGUCGGUGGUGAUAUCUAUGUAUACGUGUGUGUGUGUUCUGUAUUUCUUUGAUUCUUUGUUUGGAUUUUGUAUGCAAAGCACCAACGUGUGUUCCCUCUUUCAUCAUAUUAACAGUUUUAAUCUAAUAA